AUGGGUGAUGCCCACAUGGCCGAGUUCGGGGCGGCUGCCCCCUACCUGCGGAAGUCGGACAAGGAGCGCCUGGAGGCGCAGACCCGGAUCUUCGACCUCCGCAGCGAGUGUUUCGUGUCCGACGACAAGGAGGAGUUCGUCAAGGGCAAGAUCGUCAGCCGGGAUGGGGAGAAGGUGACCGUCGAGACCGAGAACGGCAAGACGGUGACGGUGAAGGAGUCGGACGUCCACCAGCAGAACCCGCCAAAGUUCGACAAGAUCGAGGACAUGGCCAUGCUGACGUUCCUGCACGAGCCGGCCGUGCUCUACAACCUCAAGGAGCGAUACGCCGCGUGGAUGAUCUACACCUACUCGGGGCUGUUCUGCGUGACGGUCAAUCCCUACAAGUGGUUACCGGUCUAUAAUGCGGAGGUGGUGGCCGCUUACAGGGGCAAGAAGAGAAGCGAAGCCCCACCCCACAUCUUCUCCAUCUCUGACAGCGCCUACCAGAACAUGCUGACAGACCGAGAAAACCAGUCCAUCCUCAUCACCGGAGAAUCCGGCGCAGGGAAGACGGUGAACACCAAGCGGGUCAUCCAGUACUUCGCCAGCAUCGCGGCCAUCAGCGACCGCAAGAAAGAAGGAACCAGCGCCAACAAGGGGACCCUGGAGGAUCAAAUCAUCCAGGCCAACCCCGCCCUGGAGGCCUUCGGCAACGCCAAGACCUUGCGGAACGACAAUUCGUCCCGAUUCGGUAAAUUCAUACGGAUCCACUUUGGGGCGACAGGAAAGUUGGCUUCAGCUGAUAUCGAGACCUAUCUCCUGGAGAAAUCCCGGGUCAUCUGCCAGCUCAAGGCGGAGAGGAACUAUCACAUCUUCUACCAGAUCCUGUCCAACCAGAAGCCAGAACUUCUUGACAUGAUGCUGAUCACAAACAACCCGUAUGACUACAUCUUCGUCUCCCAAGGAGAAGUGACUGUUGCUUCUAUUGAUGACUCCGAGGAGCUGAUGGCCACUGACAGCGCGUUCGACGUGUUGGGCUUCACGUCCGAGGAGAAGGUCGGGGUCUACAAGCUGACGGGCGCCAUCAUGCACUUCGGAAACAUGAAGUUCAAGCAGAAGCAGCGCGAGGAACAGGCUGAGCCCGACGGCACUGAGGAUGCGGAUAAAUCCGCCUACCUGAUGGGGCUGAACUCGGCCGACCUGCUGAAGGGGCUGUGUCACCCCCGGGUCAAGGUGGGGAAUGAGUAUGUCACCAAGGGGCAGAAUGUCCAGCAGGUGUAUUACUCUAUCGGAGCCCUGGCCAAGUCUGUGUAUGAGAAGAUGUUCGGCUGGAUGGUGACCAGGAUCAACAACACCCUCGAAACGAAGCAGCCGCGUCAGUAUUUCAUCGGGGUGCUGGACAUUGCUGGCUUUGAGAUCUUCGAUUUCAACAGCUUCGAGCAGCUCUGCAUCAACUUCACCAACGAGAAGCUGCAGCAGUUCUUCAACCACCACAUGUUCGUGCUGGAGCAGGAGGAGUACAAGAAGGAGGGAAUCGAGUGGGAAUUCAUUGACUUCGGCAUGGACCUGCAGGCCUGCAUAGACCUCAUCGAGAAGCCCAUGGGCAUCAUGUCCAUCCUGGAGGAGGAGUGCAUGUUCCCCAAGGCGUCGGACAUAACCUUCAAGGCCAAGCUUUACGACAACCACCUGGGCAAGUCAGGGAACUUCGGCAAGCCGCGGAACAUCAAGGGGAAGCCGGAGGCGCAUUUCUCCCUCAUCCACUAUGCCGGCACGGUGGACUACAAUAUCACUGGCUGGCUGCAGAAGAACAAGGACCCGCUCAAUGAGACCGUGGUGGGGCUCUACCAGAAAUCCGCCCUCAAACUCCUUGCCCUCCUCUUCGCCAACUACGCUGCGGCCGACAGUGGCAGCGACGGGGGGAAGGGAAAGGGAGCCAAGAAGAAAGGCUCCUCCUUCCAGACGGUCUCAGCGCUGCACCGGGAGAAUCUGAACAAGCUGAUGGCGAAUCUGAAAACCACUCACCCCCACUUCGUACGCUGCAUCAUCCCCAAUGAGCGGAAGGCACCGGGGGUGAUGGACAACCCCCUGGUGAUGCACCAGCUGCGCUGCAACGGGGUGUUGGAGGGCAUCCGCAUCUGCAGGAAGGGCUUCCCCAACCGCAUCCUCUACGGGGACUUCAGACAGAGGUACCGUAUCCUGAACCCCGCGGCCAUCCCCGAGGGCCAGUUCAUCGACAGCCGCAAGGGGGCGGAAAAGCUGCUGAGCUCCCUCGAUAUCGACUCCAGCCAGUACAAAUUCGGGCACACCAAGGUGUUCUUCAAGGCCGGGCUGCUGGGGCUGCUGGAAGAGAUGCGAGACGAGCGCCUCUCCCGGAUCAUCACCCGCAUCCAGGCCCAAUCGCGGGGGCAGCUCAUGCGCAUUGAGUUCAAGAAGAUCUUAGAGCGCAGGGAUGCCCUGCUGGUUAUACAGUGGAACAUCCGGGCCUUCAUGGGGGUGAAGAACUGGCCCUGGAUGAAGCUCUACUUCAAGAUCAAGCCGCUCCUGAAGAGCGCUGAGACGGAGAAGGAGAUGCAGACCAUGAAGGAGGAGUUUGGGCGCCUGAAGGAGGCGCUGGAGAAGUCGGAGGCCCGGAGGAAGGAGCUGGAGGAGAAGAUGGUCUCUCUGCUGCAGGAGAAGAACGACCUCCAGCUGCAAGUGCUCUUCAAGCUGAAGAACGCCUACGAGGAGUCGCUGGAGCAUCUGGAGACCUUCAAGAGGGAGAACAAGAACCUACAGGAGGAGAUCUCGGACCUGACGGAGCAGCUGGGAACCAGCGGCAAAACCAUCCAUGAGCUGGAGAAGGUGCGGAAACAGCUGGAGGCCGAGAAGAUGGAGCUGCAGGCGGCGCUGGAGGAGGCUGAG